GAGUAUCACCAACUGAAAAAUGGAGUUGAAGAAUCAUAACGAGAGUUAACCAGAACGAUUUUGGUUGGUAGAGGUGUUGUUAGUACUGUAUCCAGGAAUUUUGCGUACAUGUCGGACGAAACCAUUCGCGCGUUGAAACUGAGCAAUCGAGUAUUGCAAGAUAAGUUGUACCGAUUGUUGCGAGAGGAAUCACAUACUAUUGAUGGAGAUGAUACGAGUCAUGAUGUAAAUGUGGUGGAACAGAUUAUCUCAAAUUCUCAUUCAAAUGAUAAUAGGAAUAUAAAUACGAAUAUGAAUAAGAAUAUGAACGGUUCACGACAUUCCAAGUAUUAUAGUAACGUAAAACAUAAAAUUGACGAAAUCAGGAAUACUCGAUAUGAUUUGCCAGAUGUUGAUUCAGGUAUUUUUGAAUCUCAACUCAAGUCCAACAAUCCAGAGAAAAUACGAAACAAUAGACAGCAUGGAAAAGAGGAGCCAGUAAGUUCACCAGAUGAGCUGAAUAUCUCAUUCAUCGCUACUAAGGAUAGACCCAGUUUGUUGAGAGAACAGUCUCUAUUAAAUCAAAUAGAAUCCCAACAGAAGAUAAUUGAUCAAUUACAGCAACAAUUAACCACAUUCAAAUUGGAGAAGGAUGAUCUUAUUGAAGAGUUCCAAACAAAACUAGUGAAAGAAAAUAGAGCCCUUGAAAGAAGAUUGAGAUUGGAGUUUAACGAAAAGGAGAAGAAUUUACAACAUCAUUACAAUUCAACUAUGGAAGAUAAAGUUCAAGAAGUCAACUCCGACAAAGAAAACAUAAGAAAUCACUUUGUUAAGAAGAUUAUCCAGUUGAAGUAUGAUUACAAUCAAUUAAGUUUGAAGAAUGCAUCUUUAAUAGAUAUUAAUCGAUACUUAUCUCAACAAAUUAGUUCUCACGAACCAUUAAUUCAACCAACAUAUAAUUCAGUUUAUCAUGAACCAGAUUACACAGAAUCUAACACAGACCAUUUGAUAUCGAAAUACUCUAAUGCAUAUGAGGAACCGGAAAAUGUGGAAGACGAUAGCACUACAGAUCAUUUGAUAGGCAGCUAUCACAAAUAUUCCAUAUCUAAUGUUAAUCAUGAAACUCCAUUAAAACGUAACCGUCCAAAGUCAUUAAGAUCGUAUAUAUUUAUGGUGCUAUUUAUAAAUAGGCUUCGAAAUUUGUCUGAACAUAGGAAACAAGUGAAACAGAGACUACAUAAAUUAGUGAAUCUGGAAGAUAUAAAUUUAGCCUAUUGAGAUGAGUGUUACCUAAAAGCUAUUUAUUACAGCUGUAAUAUAAAUUAAUUGCAUAAUAAUACUAAAUGAAGUUUUACUAAUACACAACAAGCAGGAAAUGUAAAUAUAGACUAUGUUCAGUGUACACUGUAGGCUUCUUAAGUCUAGAGUUUACAUAUGGGAGGUUGCAAUGA